AUGACUUGGAUUUAUACAUUGUCAGAUAUAGAUAAAGAGAAACUCUCCAAGCAUAUUUACCAGCUUAUAGAUGAGGUUAAGCGAUUGCACUCAGAGUUGGAUACUCUAACAAUUCAGAUUACUUGCAAAGAUAUUUCUCUUAAUGAAUCUAAGGUCAAGAUUCAUACAAAAUUAAAAGAGAUGAAGGCUCUCCAGUCUAAGAUAAAAGCAUUGGUGACGAAACUAUCUUCAGCUCAAAAAGACUUAUCUAUAAAAGAAUCUGAAAUUGAUUCCUUCAGAGUCAAAUUAUCUGCCUUAAAUUCUAAUCUAGCUUCAAAAAAUAGUAAAUUAGAGUAUAUGAAGAAUAUGUUAGCUUCAAAAAAUAGCGAAUUGUUACUAAUGAAAAAUAACUUGGCUAAAAAAAAUUCAGAUAUACACUCCUUAGAAGCUAGAUUAUCAUCAGAACAAAUCAAAAUUAGAGGUGAAACAGAUGAAAAAAAAUAUGAUAAUAGAUUAGCUAUGCAGUCUUUGCCAAAAGAUCCAGACUUUUUAAGAAAAAGCCAACCUUCUGAAGCAUGCGAACCCAAAAUUUUAUCUUUUGCAAAAUAUUUAGUAUGUAAAUCUAAGACAGAAGAUGGUCAGGUAAAUGAAACUUCAGAUACAGAAGCAUCCUCACUUCAUGUGACUAAUUUGAGUAAUAGCAUGUCUUUAUCAGAUAUUGCAGUAAGUAAUAUGCCUGAAACUUUACCUAUUCAAUUAUUGGUUUUGCAACCUUGUGAACUUAUAUCAGAAAAAAAGAAUACCUCUGUAAUAUAUAGACAAAGUCUGGUGGGAAGGGCUGAAGCAUUACUCAUUGUAGCAGGUGCUGGCAAAUCUCUCAUUAACAAUGAGUAUCAAACAUCUCCUAUUAUCAAACUAGGCAUCCUUGUAAUAAUAGUAAUAUUGAUUAUAUGGUUUCUAUAUAGGCUUUUUUUAGACAAACACAAAUCAGAACCUAAUGAGAGUCUAACCUUAAAAGCCAACAAAUAUUUGCCACAAAUUAUUAAGAAAUAUAUAUUACCUUUUCAUAAAAAUAAAUAUGCAAAAGAUCUCAAAGACAGAAUUACCUCAUAUGAAACUUUUUCUUAUGGAUAUGAAUGA